GGGGAGGAUGCGCAGUAGUAAUAUAACGAACGAGCUAAUCCAUAUUGCGUACCUUUUUUACUAAACUUUAUUAUUCAUUUUUGACCAGGGCGUACGUCAAAAUCCAACUAGCAAUAGCAAUAAUAACAGCAAUAACAGCAGCACCUCAACCAGCAAUAACACCAGUAGCACAAUCACAACCAGCAACAUUAUUAACAGCAUCAACAGCACUAGCAAUAUAUCUAGCAACAACGGUAUUCCCAUUUCCAUGAUGAACGGUAGUAACAACAAUCAACAUAAUAGCUUUGGAUUCAAUCCUAUGGUUGGAGGCUUUUCUUUCUCUGACAGACGUGAAAGCUAUAGCUUCGACCCACAGCUGUCAUAAAAACCCCUCUUCCCCCAAAAAAAACCAAAGAGUAUAGGACGGACGACGUUGGACUUGUAUACCGAAGCGAAACCCACACCCCCACCCUCAAUGUACUUCUUGCCUCUUCACCACUUUUCCCUUUUCUUCUUUUUUAUUUUGUAUACACAACAAGCACACCCCACCCAAUUUUUUUUCCCUUCUUCUUUCUUUCCUCCUAUUUUAUUUUAUAUAUAUCGAGGUUUAUUCAGCAUUUUGAUUUUCAGAUUGUUCCACACUAUCACAAACUUCGUUCGUCUGUGUACCCCGUCGUCGACAUCACAACCAAUGACAAAGGCCGGAUUUGAUAUUCGGUUGUUUCUUUACCAUUUUUUUUUUUUUUGAAGCUCCAUCUCAUUCAUUUAACCGAAAACCCCACCUGAAGAAAAUCAAGAAAAAACCCAUGUGUCUCCCAGACUUGCCGUCUGUCAUUUCUAUGCUUUUGUAUCCCACCCACAAUCCCCAAUCGAAUCUCCUUUUGAAUUAUUUUUCUGCUAUUUCUCUUAACCCAUUUGUGUUCAUCUAUAAUUUAUUUUUGCAUAAAACCUCGUGUUGGAAAUCAAUUGGUGUGCCUUAAAGUUUGUUCAUUCAUAGAGCGAUAAGCCACGCUCUCUGUG